AUGUUCAUGAUGAUUCUCGCCUCUACGUUAGUAGCAGCAAGUGCUGUUUUCGUGACAGCGGCUGCGUCUCAAAAAGCUCCCGGAUCAUAUGUGCAGCGCUGUCCUAACAUCACCGGAACCAUCAAUGUUUCUCAGUAUCAGCAAUAUCCCGAAAACUUUGAUUUCGACCAGUACCGUUGUCGUCUUUACCUGGGCUCACUUUUUAACUCGACCGUAACCACCUACGAUCCGUACACAAAUGAGGUUAUACAUAUUGCCAAAUUUGAAAAUAUUACGCACAAUCAUCUUUAUCAUGUCGGGGGCGUUCGUGUCGAUCAGAAUUCUGGCCAGCUGGGCAUUACAAUCAACCCUGCCAACAUUUUCGAGACAAACGGAGCGGAUUGGUCCGGCUUGAACUGGUUUAUAAAGUAUGAUCCGAUCUUGCGCAAAGAACUCUUCCGAGUGAACCUCACAGAGGUGGGAGGAGGGAAAAUUAAUGGAGUUCAAGACUCGGAGGUUGAUCCUCGCGGCAACUACUAUGUUAUCGGAUCAUUUCCUUCUUCCAUCAUCCGAGUCGACACAUGUGGCAAUGCAAAACUUUGGUAUCUUAUAGAACCAUACAAUGCGACCGUUUACGGUGCGGCUGGUGCUGCGGCGAUUGGCGACAUUCUUAUCGUGAAUGAUGACACAUAUAACCGUCUCCUCCGCUUUAACAUGACGGAGGAACAGGGCAAACCAACGUUUGUUGAUGUUUCGCACAAUAUGACGCUUUACCAUAGCGACGCAAUUUAUCUUCCUCCCAAGUACGAAGGAAAGGUGCUUCUUGUGGCCGAAGACACUGAAGGCUUGCAGGUCUUCUUCUCGAAAGAUGCCCAGUGGUGGAGUGCCGAUUAUCUUGGAAUUAUCCCCAAUAGCCAGCUUGUUUACGGCAACAGUUUCACGUCAGCUGCUACUCAAAUUGGUGACAGUGUUUACGCCCUCGAGUCUUUCUUCUUCGAUGCCGCCAUUGUCCCAUGGAAUGCUGGCAACCGAUCGAUAUUCCCGGAACCUGAUGUGACUGACGCUCUGGCCGCACUUGUAGCCCCCUAUCUUUGA